CUCACUUUCACUCCUCUGCGGCUCUGCCAGCCAUCGCCGCUCCCAUUCCUCACAUAAGAACGCCCGCGAGGCCGCGACGGUCACUCGCGACGCCGUGGAGCCGCAAGACCUAAGCGCCAUGGCCAUGGAGCACCACCAGCAGCACUUCCUGAUCGUCACGUACCCGGCCCAGGGGCACAUCACCCCGGCGCGCCACCUCGCGCGCCGCCUCGCCGGCGCGUGCCCCGGCGCGCGCGUCACCAUCUGCGCCCCGCUCUCGGCGUUCCGGCGGAUGUUCCCGGGCGCCGCUGCGGUGGCGGGGGAGGAGAGGGUCGACGACGGGGAUGAGCAGGUCGCGUACGUGGCCUACUCGGACGGCUACGACGGCGGGUUCGACAGCGCCGCGGACAGCUACGCGCGGUACAUGGAGCGGGCCAGGGCGGCCGGGGAGCGCUCGCUGGCCGCGGUGCUCCGCCGCCUCCGCGCCGGCGGGCGCCCCGUGACGUGCGCGGUGUACACGCUGCUCCUGCCGUGGGUGGCGGGCGUCGCGCGGGAGCACGGCGUGGCCGCGACGGCCGUGUUCUGGAUCCAGCCGGCCACCGCGCUCGCCGCGUAUUACCACUACUUCCGCGGCCACCGGGACGCCGUCGCGGCCGCCGCGGCGUCCGGGGACCCCGGCGCGGCGGUGCGUCUCCCGGGCCUCCCGCCGCUCCGCGUCCGCGACCUGCCGUCGUUCCUCGCCAUCACCGACGAGGACAACCCCUUCGCGUUCGUGCUCCCGGAGUUCCGCGAGCUGAUCGACGCGCUGGAACGCGGCGACGACUCAUCGAGGCCGCAGCCCACGUACGUCCUCGCCAACACGUUCGACGCCCUGGAGCACGACGCACUCGCGUCGUUGAGGCCUCAUGUCGACGUCUUUGCCGUCGGGCCCGUGCUCUCGUUCCUGCACGAAGCGGAUGACGCCAAGCGCACGCUGUCUCCUCCUCGCGAUGUCUUCGACCAUGACAGGAACGGCUAUCUCAACUGGCUGGACUCCAAGCCGGGCAAGUCGGUGGUGUACAUCUCCUUCGGGAGCUCGUCGGUGAUGAGCAAGAACCAGGUCGCCGAGAUAUCCGACGCCAUAGCGCGGAUGAAGAGACCGUUCCUCUGGGUCCUAAGGAAGGACAACUGCAAGGACAAUGAAGACGACGCGGCGAUCAAGAGCCUGGCGGCGGCUGCGGGCGCCGCCGGGACGGUGGUGGAGUGGUGCGACCAGGCGCGCGUGCUGUCGCACCCGUCGGUGGCGUGCUUCGUGACGCACGGCGGGUGGAACUCGACCCUGGAGGGCGUGGCCUGCGGCGUGCCGCUGGUCGUGGCGCCGCAGUACUCGGACCAAGGCACGAGCGCCUGGCUCGUCGCGGAGCGGGCUGGCGCCGGCGUCCGCGCGGCGGCGCGCGAGGCGGACGGCGUCGUGGAGGCCGCGGAGAUGGCGCGGUGCGUGGCGGCCGCGACGUCGGGGGCGGUUGCGUCCCGCGCCGCGGCGUGGAGGGAGGAGGUGAGGGCGGCCGUGGAAGGCGACGGGGGCUCGGACCGGAGCCUGACGGAGUUCCUGAGGCGGAUCGUCGCUGACGGUGCUGGCAACUAGCAGACGACGGGCAGCUCGCUCCAUUUCCAGCGAAAAACGAGCGAUAAUCGAGUGCGAUUUGGUCGAGAAAUCGAUGGAUUGUUCCGAAAUGAGAAUAAAACUCCGUUGAAGGAGAUUGACACAGA